AUGAAACAUUGCAACAGAGCUUAUGACGCUUAUCUAACAGGUACUAUUUUGAUCGAAGACAGAUAUUUUUUGAAUGUAUUAGAAAAGCGCCAUGCUCUUGUUGUGGGUGCUGGUAUUGCCGGCCCUGCAAUAGCAUAUUUCCUUCAUCGUUAUGGUGUAGAACCUGUUGUGGUUGAACGUUCGCCAGAACUUCGCUCAGGCGGUCAAACUCUCGACAUACGCGAUCCGAGUGCUCGAGAAGUUGUUCGACGUAUGGGCAUCGAAAACGCAAUUCGUGAAAGACUCACAAACGAACGUGGAUUGCUUUUAUUAGAUAGGAAAGGGCGAACACAAGUCGCUUUCAGUGCAGACGCGCUUGGUGGACAAGGUUUUAUUUCUGAUAUUGAAAUUCUUCGCAAUGAAUUAGUCAAUGUGCUUUAUGAACGCACUCGUAACAACAUCGAGUACAUUUUCGGAGACCAUCCAGUAUCGAUUAAUGAUCAAAAAGAUCAAGUACAAGUAACAUUUGCGAGUGGAAAGAGCCACGAGUUCGAUUUAGUUAUUGGUGCCGAUGGAAUUGGAUCGAAGACGCGACGUUUAAUUUUCGGUGAUAAAUCACCUAUGAAUUAUCUAAAUGUGUAUAUCGCAUACUUCACCAUUCCAUCUACUCCGUCUGAUAAUAACUGGGCACGUUGGUACAAUGCAACAAAAGGGCGAACAAUACUAAUUCGGCCUGAUGGUCAAGGCACGAUGCGUGUAUCACUUUCAUUUCGCAGUCCACAAUGUGGAUACGAAAAUCUUACUGAAGACAAGAAAAAGGAAGUAUUACAAAAAGUAUUCCACGAUGCAGGUUUCGAAACGCCUCGAAUACUCCACGAACUCAUGAAUACUAACGAAUUCUACUUUGAAGCUAUCGGACAAGUCAAGAUGGAUCAUUGGUCAAAAGGACGAGUUGCUUUAGUAGGUGAUGCAGCUUAUUGUCCUGCACCUAUCACCGGUAUGGGAACAAGUUUAGCUCUUAUUGGUGCAUACAUCUUGACUGGUGAGCUUGCACGUUCUCAAAAUCAUAUAGAAGCAUUUAAACAAUACGAAGAUCUAAUGAGGCCACAUGUUGUUAAAGCACAGAAACUAUUUCCGAUGGCUACACGUAUCGCUGCACCAGACACGGCGACUGCAAUUUAUGUGAGAAAUGUUUUAGUAAGUGUUGCUGCAAAAAUCUUCAACACCCGAUUUGCGGCAAAAAUGUUGGAAGAAAAAUUUGAUAACACAAGUUCACUACCAGAUUACGAAUCAUUAUCACUUCGAUAA